ACUGCAUAACAGCUACAUACAUAACCGAUCAGCUGGGGGACUUAUUAGGGUGUUACUCCUUCCGGGUGACGCCCCGCCCCGGCAUGAUACCCACGUGUGUGUACAGUUGAGAAAUGUGUUGAUACUCAGUAAGCUCGUGUUUUUGGUGUGUCUGUUUUUGUGUCUGCGUUAAAGGCAGCUGUGUUCAGUUGGCGACAUGGAUCUCGCCUCCAAGGACUCGUACAUUCAAAAGCUGGCUAGUAGCGUGUUAUCCCAACGGGACCAGGAGCCUCACAACAGACCGUUUGCUUAUUUCAAGGGUAAAAAUGACACGGGUCCUCCAAAGAAGAAGAAAAAGUGCAAAAAGCCGGCGGCUGCAGCCCAGAAAGGAGCGGCCGCAGCGAAAAUGAAUGGCUCCAAAACUCAGAGCGCAAAUGGAUCUACAACACAGGCCCCUAAAGGAGGGAAUGUAGAGUCCAACUUCUCCACAGUAGAUGUACUACGCAAGAGACUUCAUGAAAAGAUCGAAGAGUCCAGAGGGCAGGGAGCCCCUAAGAAUGCAGCAUCAGAGGCAGUCCAGGCAAAGCGAGCAAAACGAAAGCUGGAACGGGAGCGCAAAAAGAGGAAGAGAAAAGAGUUUCGGAUGAAGAAACUAGCUGAAGAAAGUGGUCAAGAACAGCAGCCAGAGGUAAAACAGGAAGUGGAGAGUGCCCCUGCUGCAAGCAAAAGAAAUGAAACCGCCAUUGUCUUCAACAAGGUGGAGACAGUGGAAGAGGUGUACAUAGACAAGGUGCAGAAAAAGAAGAACAAGAAACAGAGCAUGAAGGGCCAGAUAACACCACUGACGGGGAAGAACUACAAGCAGCUGCUCAGUCGCGUAGAGGCUCGCAAAGCGAAGCUGGAACAGCUGAGGGAGAAAGAUGAGGGGAAGGCACGCGAGAUGGAGGAGAAGAUGAAGUGGACCAACUUGCUUUAUAAGGCAGAGGGCAUCAAAAUCAAAGACGACGAGGAGAUGCUGCGCUCCUCCUUGAAAAAGAAGGAGAAGAGGCGUACUCAGCGAAAGAAGCAGUGGAACACGCGUAGUGAGACCAUCAUAGAGAAGAUGCAGCAUCGUCAGGACAAGAGAAAGAAGAAUAUCCAGAAACACAAGAACGUCAAAAUGGAAAACAAGAAGAACAAGGCGAGGAAGAGAGGCAGAGUGCUGCCUGAGGACUUGAAAAAAGCAUCAGUUUAGAGGGAGUGUGUUAUGGGAGGUUGUUGUUUAUGACAAGACGAGGCAAUGCUUAAAAAAGUAAAUCAGUCUCUUUUAUGGAACUAUGAUUAAUUGACAUGAUUUGAAAGUGCAUCUGCAGUACUGUACCUUCCUUCCUGUUAAGGAUCAAUAGGAUGUGUUGUCAAUAAAAUGUGAUCCUUCAUUCUGGUGGACAUUAUUG